AUGCCUGCUGCGCCGAAACAGAGAAAGAUUGCCAUCGUUGGCAGUCGUUCAGUGGGAAAAUCUUCCCUGACAGUCCGUUUCGUCGAGCAUCACUUUGUCGAAAGUUAUUACCCUACAAUCGAGAACACCUUUAGCCGAAUUAUCAAAUACAAUGGCCAGGAUUAUGCUACUGAGAUCGUGGAUACUGCUGGACAGGACGAAUACAGCAUUUUGAACUCCAAGCACUUCAUUGGAAUUCAUGGAUAUAUCAUUGCUUACUCGGUGACGUCGCGACAAUCGUAUGAGAUGGUGAGAACUAUCCGUGACAAGAUUUUGAACCAUCUUGGUGCGGAUGAGGUACCCUUGGUUAUAGUGGGCAAUAAGAGCGAUUUGAAGCCCGAGCAACGACAAGUUUCCACUGACGAGGGACGUCAAUUGGCUGAAGAGCUUAACUGUGCAUUUACCGAGGCCAGUGCCUUCCUUGACUUCAAUGUCUCCAAGGCAUUUGAGUUGAUGAUCGGGCAGAUUGAGAAGUCCCAGAAUCCCUCCCAGCCAACUGGGGGGAAUAAGUGUGCUCUGAUGUGA